CAAAGGGAGGAGGAACAGCGAACAACGACUUUUCCUGAAAAAAUGUCCGGUUUAUCAUUAUUUCUAUGCCAUCAGUAACGCAGUAGAGAAUAUUAACCGACGAGAGAGGUGACCAGACGGAUAAUAUACGAAACUGUAGAAGGAAAAAAAGAACAUAUGGCAAGUCUUCCAAGGUGGACAGCGCGGAGAUGGAAUCACAGGUGGUCAUGAAUGUCACAUGAAGCACCCAAGGUGACAAGAAAUGUAGUCUGUCAAGCAAUUGUAACUAGUGAGUGAUGUCAGGUGCCAUCAUGGAUGACUCAGGUUUGGAAAAGAAAAUGUUUGACAGCACUUGUGAAUUUAUUCCCAUUAAGGAAGAAAAUAUGAGAGACAUUGAUGAAGAGGAUUACCAGGGAGUAAAAGAAGUUGUUGAUGAUAUAGAUCAAGAUGAUACUCUCUAUAUCAAGACUGAAGAAACCAAAAGUCUUGAAAAAAGAUCAGUGGGAGAUUACUCAAAUGAAAAUAUUAUCUAUAUAAAGACUGCUGGAAAGGUAGAUGUAAAACAUGAAAAUCCAUUGUAUAAGAAAUUCAAAAUUCAAGGAGAGGAAGAAGCUGACACUGACUCUGACAUUUUGAUGUGUGAAGAUAUAGAUCCAUUGUCAUCAGCAUUGCCAUAUUUGGAUGAGACUUGUAAGAGUACAUGCUCAUUAGAAGGUCAAGUGACACAGGAGAAAAAGUGAUAAAGAGGAAACACACAGAAAAGUGGAUGCAAAAGGUAGAUGUUAUGUUUGUAAAUUAUGUGGCAAGAAAUUCCCCAAAAAUAGUAAA